AUGAAACUAUUCCUAGCGGCGGCCAUGUUCAUGGUUGUUGGCGCAAGCCUCGCUGCCCCCACCGGAGGAAAUGCCACGGUCUGCGAUUCCAACCUCUGUACCUGGUGGCAUGACUCUGGUGAAGUCAACACGAACACUAGAGUGCAGCCCGGCAAUGUGCGGCAGUCUCAUCGUUACAAUGUUGAGGUUCGCCUCGCAGGCACCAAUAACUUUCGCCCGUCCUUCGUCUACGAGGCAAUCCCAAGGAACGGCAACGGAAGAAUCCACUCGCCCUGGGACUACCCCAAUGACAACACUCUCGGCGAAGAUGUGGAUGAUGGAAUCAGCAUAGAGCCUGAGAUUGGCAUCACCAUGGCGUGGUCUCAGUUCGAAUAUGCUCAGGACGUCGAUGUGAAGAUCACCCGCAGGGACGGCCAGAGCUUGGGCUCGACCUCCAAUGUUAUCAUCCGCCCGAGCUCCACCAGUUAUUCUUUGAGCACCUCUAGUGAUGGUGGAAUCAUCAUCCGCGUGCCCAAGGAUGACCGCGGCCGACGAUUCUCCGUCGAGUUCAAUGACGAUCUUUACACCUACCGCUCGGAUGGACAGAACUACAUCCACUCCGGUGGUGAUGUGGUCUCUGUUGAGCCUAGAAACGGCCUUCUCAUCUUUGCCAGUGCCUUUUUGCCUUCCGACAAGCUCCCUCAGAUGAAUAGUGACAACACAAAGACCAUGACUCCCGGGCCCAUCAAUGCCGGUGACUGGGGAGAUAAGCCAAUCCUUUACUUCCCUCCUGGUGUAUACUGGAUGAACUCCAACCCCCAGGGCGAUAAGCCGAAGUACGGCGAAAACCACCUCAAGCUCCACUCAAACACCUACUGGGUGCACCUUGCCCCAGGUGCCUAUGUCAAGGGCGCGGUCCAGUACACGACCUCGAACGGCGACUUCUACGCAACCGGCCACGGCGUCCUUUCCGGAGAACACUAUGUCUACCAGGCCAACCCUGCAACAUACUACCAAGCCAUCAAGAGUGACGGGACUAGCCUUCGUCUAUGGUAUCACGAAAGCGUUGGAAGACAAACCUGGCACUGCCAUGGCCCAACCAUCAACGCACCCCCGUUCAACACCAUGGAUCUCCACGGGAACAGCAACGAGGCUAGCGUUCGCAUCACCGACUACAAACAGGUCGGCGCCUUCUUCUACCAGACCGACGGACCUCAGAUGUAUCCCAACAGCGUGGUAAAUGACGUCUUCUACCACGCCAAUGACGACGGCAUAAAAGCCUACUAUUCGGACGUCACGGCAAAGCGUCUUACAAUAUGGAAGGUCCACAACGACCCCAUUAUCCAAAUGGGCUGGGACUCCCGGCAGGUUAGCGGCGUCGUCAUCGACGGCCUAGACAUCAUCCACACCCGCUUCCGCCGCUCCGAGACAGUCGUGCCCUCCGCCAUUAUCGGCGCAUCCCCAUUCUACAUGGACGGCAAGACACCCGACACCAGCAAGUUCAUCAGUCUCUCUGUCUCGAAUAUUGUCUGCGAAGGACCCUGCCCGUCUCUCUUCCGCAUCCAGGCCCUCCAGAACUACAUGAACUUUAGAGUCAAUAAUGUCUCUUACCCCGAUGGCUUGAUUACGGGUAGCUUUGGUCUUGGCCAGAGUAUUGUCCCCUAUGUGUCCGGGAUGAGGAUGGAACUUCAUGUUGAGAACUGGUCGAUCAAAGGUAAGAAGGUUACCAUGGAUAACUUCCAGUCUGAUCGUCUCGGUCAGUUGAACAUUGCCGGCGAGUACUGGGGACAAUGGUCUAUCGCGUGA